UCGAAAUCGUGUUAUGCUGUGUGGCGUUGAGGCAACCAACAGCCGUCGCUGUCGCAGUUGGAAAAAGACACCAACCACAACGCACGUGUGACGCGCACCAAGUGAGACGAUACCGUACAAAUUAUCAAAGGCAGCAACAAAAACAGUGCCAAUUCAAUUUUUUGUUGUUUUGUGUGGCUGCUACCUCUAAACACAAGUGGAUUAGUAAUUGUAGAAGAAGAAGAAGAAGAUGUAGUAAAAGACGUGUUGCAAGUAGUAGAGAGUUUUUUGGAAUAAGUGACUGUUGAUGAAAAUACCACGGCGAGCAUAAUUUAAAAGUACUCCUAAAAACUAUGUCAAACCAUUUUGCAUAAAAACUUUGAUUCCAAAACUCACCUAAGAACACUCAAACUAACAAAUAAAUACAAAUAAAGCAAAAACAAAAAACAACAACCAGUGCAAAAAAAAAAGAAACAAAAAUCACGCGCGCAACAAAUUUGCCGUCGGCAAAAUGCAAGCAACGAAAAUGCGCACCCCCUUCGCCAUUCAGGAGAUACUCGGCUUGGGUGUCGGCUCGGCAGCUGCGGCCGCUGCAGCCAAUUACCAGCAGGCGCAACAACUCAGUCAGCAGCAGCAACAACAACAACUACAACAGCAACAGCUAACGCCGCUGCCUUUACAACAAAACCAACAGCAACAGCAACCGCUUCAAUUGCAACAACAAUCGCCUACUUCACAAUCGCAGCAGCAGCAGCGCCAUAACAGCACCACCUCAACUUGUUCAACGCCUCCCCCCGCCGCUACACCAACCGCAACCGAUUGCAAUAACGCACCGCUCUCACCCGCCUCCUCGCACGGACGUCCAACACGCGAUUCGCGUUCCAUUUCGCCCGAUGUGACGCGUCUCUCGGCGGCAGCGGCAGCUGCGGCCGCCACAGCACAUUGCCAGUUGCCUAUCUUCAAUCCGGCAAACUUUUACGCUGCAGCCGGCUAUGCGGAUCAUGCGGGGCAAUUGAAUGCGGCACAUCAUCAUCAUAUGACGACGCUGGCAGCGGCGGCGUACUUGCGUGGCUUUUUGCCGCCGGGCUUCAGCACGCCACACGAAUUUCGCGGACACUUUCAACAGCAUUUUGGCAGCCAAUUUGCGGAACAAGCCGCACGUGGCGCCCAAGACUACAGUAAUAGCCUAAACAACAACAACAACGAUGAUAUACAUUCGCCCAGCAAAGCGAAUUCGAGUAAUGGCUCGAACGGCAGCAGCAGCACCUCACACAUGUCCACAACGAAUGGCAGCCUAACUAGCAACAACAACAACAGCACCGCAUCCUCAAAUGGUGGCGUUACGAGUAAUGGCAACAGCAGCACCAGCAAUAACAACACCUCACCUUCGGUACGGCCUACACUUUCACCCGCUGAACAUGCCGCCGCCGCUUUAGCUCAUCAUGCUGCUGCAGCUGCGGCAGCACACCAUGCGCACUCACAUCAUCACCAACAUGGCCACCAUCCGCAUGCACAUGCACACGCCCAUCAUGGCCAUCAUCAUCCGCAUCAUGCACACCACCAUCCACAUGCGCAUCACCCGCACGCCCAUCAUCCGCAUGCGGGCGCUACCCAUGAGGCAUUCCUGAACGGUGCUGCUGCGGCGGCGGCGGCGGCUGCUGCCAUCGGAAGUGGCAUGGCCGGUGCCGGAAGUGUUGUGGGCGCACCUAAUGGCCUGCUCGGACACGGUGGCGAUCCUAGUGCGCUGCUGGGCGGUGCUGGUGGCGCUGGCGGUUUGAGCAGUAAAAAGAAGAAUAAACGGCGGCACGGGCGCACUAUAUUUACGAGCAAUCAAUUGGAGGAGUUGGAGAAGGCCUUCAAGGAGGCGCACUAUCCAGAUGUGAGCGCACGUGAAUUGCUUUCGAUGAAGACCGGCUUGGCUGAGGAUCGCAUACAGGUUUGGUUCCAGAACCGUCGCGCUAAAUGGCGAAAAACGGAAAAAUGUUGGGGCCACAGCACCAAAAUGGCUGAAUAUGGCCUCUACGGCGCCAUGGUACGACACUCACUGCCACUACCCGAAACCAUACUCAAAUCGGCCAAAGAUGACGAAUCGGUAGCGCCAUGGCUGCUGGGCAUGCAUAAGAAAUCACUCGAAGCCGCCGAUAUACUGAAAUCGGAUGAGAGUGAUCGUGAAACGCCCACCUCAGACGACACCAACACCUCCUACUCGGCCGGCAGCACACACAAUUCACCGAUCUCUUCAUUCUCCAUAUCGCGUUUGCUCUUCGAUGCCCCCUCCAAACACAAACGGCAUCACGAUGUGGUGGGGAGCAGUGUUGUUGGCGGUGGCGGUAUUGAUCUAGCCAAUGGCGCUAUGAGUGGUUUGGCAGAACAGGCGCAUGCACAAGCACAUGCGCACGUCAUGCAACAUCACCCCUACAAUCAGCAACAACAUUUGCAACACGUACAACAUCUACAACAGUUACAUCAGCAACAAUUAGCCGAACAGCAUGCGGAGGCGCAACGUCGUCAACAAGCGCAUCAACAUCAACAACAAUUGCUCGCGGCGGAGGCGGAAAUGCAACGCAGACGGCAGGAAGCACACGACCAGCGCGAGCGAGAACGUGAAGUCGAAGCUGAUGAAGAGCCGAUGUGCGAUGAUGACGAAGAUGAUUGUGAUAGAGAAGAGAUCGAUAUCUGUGACGAUGUAGAUGACGAUAAAGAUAUGAAAAUGUUGCUGAGCGCUGAGAGUGCGGCGAAACGGAUUAAGCAAGAGAAUAGUGCAUCGAUGGCGUUGGAGAGUAGAUGAAAUUUGUGUAUAGAUGUGUUGUUGUAAAUGAGGAAUAGGAGAGGGGUGUAAAGAAAUUAACUCGUAGUUGAAUAGGAGUAGUGAAGAGAAGCUAAAGGGAAACACACUAAUGCACACUCACGCAUACUUGCGUAUGUACUUAUGUAUGUGUGUAUGUAUGUAUGAAAUGUUGAAGACCAUUAAACGAAAGAAAUACUUUCGCUUUUCAAUGGCUUUUUGAGAACUUCUGCAAAACCGUUAUACAUAGAAAUGGCUUUAUGAAAGAAUCACACUCACUUUAUAGCCCAUAAAUAUACAACAACAAAAAACACAAAGCCGACUUUAAAAGCACUUCCAAGGUUUUUUUUAUAUACGCACCAUGCAAAUAAUUGGCCGAAGAUAAUAAGUCGACUAAAUGUGGAUUAUUACUAUGGCUUUAUAUUUUUAUUAUUUUUUACAAUACUUUAACAAUUUUCAAAAAAUUUUAAACUAAAAUGCAGCAAAUAUUUAGUAAAAAAAAUUGAUUAAAAUAUUUUCACCAUAUUAGAAAAAUACUUGAUUCAAAUCCAGUUACUUCAACUAGCGAAGAUAUCACUAAGCUUCAGGGAAAUUUGUAUAUAAAAUUUCAAAUAAUAAGAGCUCAGAAACAAAGAAAACAAUUUAAAGAAAUUUAUAACGAUCAAAUACUUAAAAAUUAACGCCCAUAUCGGUCAUUUACUUCAAUAGGGGUUUAACCCAAAAAUGUAUCCUGCGUAAAAAAUUCGUGGCAAUAUCUAUUACGAGUAUUUUGUUAAAUAAAAAUAUGUGUUUUCUUUUACUUAGGGAGACAUAGUAAAUUGAGAACUUUUAAACUGUUUCUCUCAACCCAAAAUUUGUUUUUUUUUGGAUUAUGACACUAUUGAAAUAAAUGAACGAUAUAUAGAUGAGAUAAUAGCUCUGUUACAUGGUGAAAAAAAUUCAGACCGUUAACCGGCUCUCAGCAAAUUUGAAAGAUUCACCUGAUUGGCUGACGUAACCGGAGUCAUAACAGCGGUUAGUUCACGAAAAAACUGAGAUUGUGUUGGUGAUAUACGAAAAAGUUAACACAGUCAACUCUCCUGUUGCUCCGUUGCCGUCUAAACAACGACUGAUUGGACGAGUGUGUGAAUACGUGUGAAAUGAGCGUGCAGAAUUCCGCUGCUGAGUCCCCUAUGACGAAGUUACUCACUCGAUUAAGCUUUUCACCAUGACUGAAGGCCAAAUCUGGUGAUCUAUCACCCUUGAUAAGUACAACUUUUCCUUUCAAGCAAAUAGGAUCAUUUUCGUUCAACUUUAAAUGCUCUGACAAGCAACACUUUGAGGGAAGAGCGAAUUUUCAAUUAUUUCCUUGACGACGGCAUCUCGAGCAUGCGUAGGCAUCUUGCAGUCUAGUCACACCCGUCAGUUUAAGUGAGUGUGAGCAAAUUAAAAAGCAAAAGUUGAACGUGUAAUCUCACAGUAGUCGACUAUACGAAUAUCGUUUAGAAAAAUAUCCAAUGAUGCAGAUCACUUUGAGAUGCAUUCUAUGAGCUCUACGAGACAGAAGUUUUGAAAUUAAAAAUUUAAACACAAAAUUUAAUUGCAUUCUCUCACAAAAAAAUCACAAUUAUUUUUUCUUGUAAUACAUGGAAGUGUAGACAAUUGUACACCGCUCACAACGAAGCUUUUUUCACAUAAAAGAAAUCUCACAAUUAAGUAAUUAAAUUUAUUAGAAAAAAUCAACACUAAUUGCAACGACAUGAUCAAUACAAAAAUACGAAUAUACAAGUGUACUCUUAAGCGAUUGCUGUAACUGUAAAUAUUGGCAAGAGAUUAUCAAGCAAGCAGCGAUAAAAAGCAUUUGAAACAUAAAUUGGACUUAAAAUCAAAAUUAUUUGAUUUGAAAGCAAAGCUGCUAAACUACAUUUUGUUUCAAAACCGCAUAGAAUUUUUUUUAAAUUUGUUUCAAUCAGACCGCAAAAGCGCACGAUUUCUUCUUGGACGCACUAGAUUUGGACGAUAAUUUUAAGUAACCUAAAAUAAAACUGUAUAAAAACUAUAUAGAUUUUUAGUCAUAAGCAGUGUUCAUUGUGAUUUAAUUUAGUAGAUUUUUAUUUAAUUAUUUUUGCUUACGCAGUGUUUGAAAAAUUGUAAAAUAUCUGAUUUUAAAUUAAAAAUUUUAAGAAAAACUUAUAAGUCCAAAAGUGUUCUUUGUUUAUUAAUUUGUUGGAAGAAAAGAGUAUAUAAAAUAAAG